GCAUCUUUCCAUCAUUCCACAUCCAGCAACCGAAGAAACGACAGCCAAAAUAAUUAAUGAAAAUGUCCGAUACACGUGCACUGGCCCAUGCUCGAGGAGCGAUGAAAAUUGCCGAAGUGGCUUUAGCUGUUGUUUGCCUGGUCGUUUAUCGCCACUACAAACUCAGUUUUGGCGGAACUGAUUCGGCAGCCGCAGAUCGUUACAUCGUUGGAAUAGUUACAUUCGGGGGGAUGCUACUCGUCUCUGGGCCUUUACUUCUCGCUUACAUUCGCUCGCCGGCCGGCAUUGUGAAUUACUACACACCUUUCCUCGAAGUUAUUUAUAACGUUAUCGGCUUUGUGCUGUUCUUAACGGUCGGAGGUUUGGUGUUGGAGCACUACAAAGGACAUUUAAAACCUCUGACAGGCAACGAGCCUGGAGUCGCCCUUGGGGCGAUUUGCAUAAUCAAUUCCGUUAUUUACUUGAUCGAUGCUUCCCUGGCUAUCAAGCAAGGACUUGAAUAAUGCGAGAAGUCACGCAACCGGAAGAAGCCAAAUGAAUUUUUUUUUUUACUUAUCCAAUGUAGAUUAAUGAAUGAUAAUGUUGGAAGGAUGAAUACAGAAUUACAGAUUUA